ACAGCCUACGUCAUCACUGCGAGACCACAACAGGGUCGCUCGACGACGUCAUCGUGCGACAAGGCUAAGAAAGUUUUGCUAGCGUUACUUUGAAAGAAAGCCCGACAUACUACCGCAGGGUUUUUAUCCAGAGUAUUCACCACCACCUCUAAUGGGAAACACGCCCCGAUCCCCGCGGAGCGUCACCGGAUGAGUCGACGCUGACGGCCUUGACCGAUCGCGGUGCUCGUGUGCUAUACCGUGGCUGCCAACAAAAAAAGUUAGCGCGUUGACCGACGCCCCGGUGCUCAUCGUCGAAAAGUGACCGACUAAGGAUGUUUGGAGCGUCGAGGUCCGGAGGGUCCCGGGGGGGACAGGACAACUUCAACUGGGACGACGUGAAAGUCGAUAAGCACAGAGAGAACUACCUGGGGAACUCUUUGAUGGCUCCAGUAGGACGAUGGCAAAAAGGCAAAGACCUGUCGUGGUAUUCAAAAGACAAAAAAGGCGGCGAGGCUUUGUCCAAACAGGAAGAAAUUGCUGCGGUCAAGGCUGCAGAGCACGAGGCACUGAUGGCUGCCCUAGGGCACAAGUAUAUAAAGAGACAACCAACUGGCCUGACCAAAGAGGAUCUUGUAGAUGUUUGCAGGAGGGAAGAGGUCGAUGGUGAGGAGAGGGAUGUAGACCGUGUGUCAGGCUUGGGAAGCGCCAGCGUAGGGGCAAGGAAAAUGGCGUUCUCCGAUAAAGAAAAGGAGGCUGUUAAAAUGGGCUUAGCAGUCUUUACGCACCACAAGACUGAUGGUCGUCUAGAAUCUACAACAACAAAAACAUCUGAGAUUGUAGAAAAAGAAGAACGUCAUGAGUCGAAAAAGAAAAAGAAGGAGAAAAAGAGCAAGAAGGAGAAAAAGAGCAAGAAGGAAAAGAAGAAGAAGAGGCAAAGAAGAGACUCGUCGUCCUCGGAGUCCGAUGAUGAUGAAAGAAAGAGGCACAGAAAGGACCACCAUCAUCAUAAUCCAUCAUACCACAGUCAGAGUGGAGCCAGACCCCAUGACAGCCAUUCAAGGGGGGGAGCAAAAGCCGAGCGAGAGCCCUCCUACCCCGAUCAUCGACAGCGGCGGCAUGACACAGACUCCUCUGACGGGGGGUCUCCUGUCCCCCGUAACCCUGCCAGCCACAAGAUGGCCCCUGCUGGUGCAACACAAAGCCACAGGCGGCGCCACGACACAGACUCGGACAACUAAUGUCCCUCCCCCCCAAUUCAAAGACGCAUAAUGCGGACAGAGCGCUCAUCAGCAGCUCGACUGCCCCUGAAGACCUCAUUUACCCUGGACAACCGAACAGACUGGGGAUGGAGACAGGUUGACGUGUCAGACAAACAGGCGUGGGCCGUAUGUUUUAUCCUUUCCCCCAGUGAGUUGUUCAGUUGGUUAUAGGACACUGGUGGGGUUUUUUAACACAUUGUAUGUGAUAAUACAACCAAUACUUUCUAUUUCUAUUUUAAUUUCAUUAGAUGAAAUACAAUGACGGGUAAAUAGUUCAAUGGAAUUUACUUUUAUUCUUAUAUCUUGCCCUGGUAGCUGUUAAUAUUCAAGAAAUUUAUGAAAUGUCCGUUUUAACCAGAACAUCGUUGCUGCAGGAACAUUUAUUAUGUGGAAACUACUCGCCUGAUCCAUUAAAGGAUUUCAAAUACAGGUAGAAUAGAGCGGAUAUAGAUGGUAACUUCUCACAAAAGUAGAGCUAAAACUGUUUAAUGCUACAGAAAGUUGUGUAAUUUGCAAAAUCUAUCAAUAAACAUCUAUAUGAUGAAAAAUCAA